AAUAGUCACAAGUAAAAGUAACAAAUAUGGAAAACGGGAAAACGGUGUGAGAUAAUCAAAUAAACUUUUAGUUAAUUCUAAAGUAAAUAACCCAUCUAAUAGCUAGAAGAACAGCAGAAGAGAAUAACACAAUCAACUUUGGUAACCCAGAAGAGAAUAACACAAUCAACUUUGGUAACCCAGUUCGACCAAUGUUGACUCACUAGAAGAAAUAUGAUCUUUAAUGUCGGUUGUAAAAAAUGAAAAUGGAUGUUUAAUGUCGAUUUUUAAAAUACGGAUGUUUAAUGUCGGUUUUAAACUGACAUCAAAGAGGAAGGAUUAAUGUCGGUUUAAAACCGACAUUAAAGCUAUGUUUAUUUAUUUAUUUUAUAAAUUAAUAUCUUCCUUUAGGUUUAGUAUUUUGAUGCUUUUUUCUUUAACCCAUUUGCAGCCGCCUCCAUCCCCCUUCCUCCCUCUCACUCAUCUCCCCAUCUUGCAUCUACUCUUUCUCCAUCUUCAUCUCCUUUUCUUCCAUCUUUUCCAUCUCUUCGAUCUCCAUUGGUGCGAAGUUCCAACUCUUCUCUCUUCGCCUCUGAGAUCCUCCCUCAUAUAGUUUCAUCCGACAGUGACUCUCGUAAUCUCAAGCGCAUCUUACAUAUGCUCACUAGCUACGAUGUUUUUGAGGAAUAUCUCAGCAACAUUUACCUAGUCGCAAACGUUUAGAUUCACCGUCAUUCUCCCUCUGUCAAAAAUGGCGAAAAUGGUGAAAACCCUCAUUCACCAUCAUUAUCAGCAGAGACAAAACCAGUUUUAGACGAAACCGAAAUUGAAGUUGAUGGGAAGAGAGAAGAAGAAGAAGAGAAAGCGACGGAUGAAGGCAUCGGACCCGACGACGAAAACAACGGCGCAUUGGCGGGUCCAGAGGAGGAGGACCAGUCAAAGGAGUGAGAAACUCCGUCGCUGGAACCGGAACCAGAGAGAAAAACACAAAUAGAAACAUCUGUUCUACCAAAUUGCUUGCUGUUAAUGAUGUACGAGCCAAAGCUAUCAAUGGAGAAGAAUCUGCAGCUUCAUCGUUGUGGUCAUAAUCUUCCAUGGAAACUCCGACAAAGGUCUAGUAAUGAGAGUGCAAUGGCGUAUGUUUUCGAUUCAACCUUUGAUUGCAAAAAUAUUGAUGCUGCAAAAGAGAUAUACGGGGCCCUUCGCAUGUUUGUGAAAAUGCAUUUAAUGUGGAAUUCCAAAAUACUUAUAGACGGCGGAGACAAUGAAAUUGUGGCAACAUCUCUGCUUGAGGCCAACGUCUUAUACUAUCAUUGUUUUUCAGUAUCUAUGUUGGGCCUAAGUCAUUCCUCCGAGGACCUUUGGACGAUUCAAAAGCCAAUAAGACGAGACCACGGCUCUACUGUGAACUUUCUGAUUGUCCAGCGAAACUACUUCACCCCCCUGAAGAUUGUAACGUGAAUUCCACAUUGCCCUUCACUCUUCAGAUUUGUCGAGUUGAAGAUUUGUUUCUGCAGAUUGACCACAUUGCUUGGCUUGUUUCAUGGGUCAGGGAUAUAUUUGUUUACCUAUCUGGUGCAAUUAGUGCUUCUGGUCUUGAUAAUUGAAGUGAUAUCGGGUUGAAAGCUAAGCGAUUGUGUAGAAAUGGUCAAGCGACCGUUGAAAAUUGAAGACUGAGAAGGCAUUUAGGAUUUUAGAAUCUUUUUUCAUGUACUAUUGUAGAAUGUAUAUAUAAACAUAAUAUUAAUAUUUUAUUUUGUGUAUUCAAAUGUAAAAGACAAAUGUUAUAGUUUCUAACAUAAUAUGAAUUUCAUUGA